AUGACAAUUUUAACGUUCUUUUGCCCUUCUUCCUUUUUUCUCUUUUCUCUCUCUCUCUCUCCUUUUUCUUUUUUAAAUAACAAUUUUACCAUCUUCUAAUCUUCACAGCUCAGGGGCAUUCUUUUUCCUUGUGUUGUUAUUUUUGCAUGGAGGGUUUCAUCAGAACUGAGUCUUGGACGAGUUCAGAGGCCAAUGGCCUUGAGUCACCCCGCUUUGCUCUACACCAACAAGUUCCGUGCUCGGCGUCUUUGAUGACUGAAUCUACAUCUACGGAAUGGACAGAUGAGAAGCACAGUUUAUACCUUAAAUCCAUGGAAGCUUCGUUUGUUAACCAGUUAUAUGAUUCUUGGAAUUUUCUUGGCUGGAGCUCAAAAUUAUCAAGGCAAACACAUGGUACCUCUUCUGACCAGUAUAAAGUUCUUCGAGGUGAUCGCUGGAAGAAGAUCAAUUUCGAAGGACCUGGAUUUCGACUAAAUAAAAGAGAUCGCUCUAGCUGUUUUAUGGCAAGUCCUUGGGUUCAGCACUUGAGAUCAGGAUCUAAAUCUCGUGUUUUAGCCUCAUGUAGUCAUCUUCAAGAUAAUGCUUCUUCUAAAGAGGUGUCGGAUCAAAACUUCGUAGAUGAAGAACAGGGCGAAAAGAGUAGCAGGGAAUGCAGUUCCAAGAAGCUGAAAACGGUGGCUGUUGAAACUCCUUGCAAUGAUGAGGUUAUUCUAUAAGGCCCAGAAAGCAGGUAAAUGUGUGUAGCAGAAGCCAAGAUGAAGGGGUUUCCAUCGGAGAGAUUCAUCCUGGUAUGUUGGGCAAACCGAAGGAAACUCCAUAGAUAUUAGAUCUGGGUGACUUUUCUUACUAAAAUUAACUCAUCCUGAUACCAUGUCCACGGUAAUAUCCGAUGUCAAAGUUUAUUUUAUUUAAUUGUAGUUCAUGCAGGACAGUUGCUUCAUGUAAAUAUAACAAGUUUUUGCGAUUGUCUUUGGUGCUAA